CUAGCCUUACUUCUUAUCUGCCUCUUCAGAUACUGUUCUCUGCCUCCCGCCGUACGUUAAAUGUUCUUCGAGUUUUCAGUUUUAACCUCCCUGUGCACAGUUACCAGCGUUGAGUUGUUGGACGUUUUCUCUCACUUUUUUUUUGGAAAAUUUUUUCCAAGGAUGCCACAAGGGGAGAUGAGAAAACCCCUACUGGGAGACUUGAGGGGGCCCAACCAACCACUCUGUGAUCUGGGCAGCUGUACAGUGGGUAUUCUGGGAUCAGGAGACUUUUCACGCUCACUGGCAUGGCGGUUGGUAGCUUCAGGUGUGCGUGUGGUUGUGGGAAGCCGCGAUCCCAAGCGCAGCACCGGACUCUUUCCAGAGGAGGUGGAAGUCACCUCUCACUGGGAGGCAAGUACACAGGCACAUGUUAUAUUCGUAGCCCUCUUCCCUGAGCAUUACUCUACACUGGUCUCCCUGAAGGGGGUGCUUGCAGGCAAGGUGCUGGUAGAUGUCAGCAACAGUUCAAAGCUGAACCAUGAUCGGCCCUCAAAUGCUGAGCUGUUAGCCACCGUCUUCCCAGAGAGCACAGUGGUCAAGGGCUUUAAUGUAGUAUCUGCCUGGGCCUUGCUCAACAGACCACAUGAUGGCAACAAACAGGUCUUGAUCUGCAGUGACAGUUGUGAGGCCAAAAACACAGUGAUAAUUCUGGCCCGUACGAUGGGCUUCAUUCCUGUGGAUAUGGGUUGCCUUUCGUCUGCCCGGAAUAUUGAGAACGUGCCCCUCCGCCUCUUCCCCUCAUGGAGUACCCCUGUCCUCUGCUGGAUUGGGCUCUUCUCUCUCUUUUACAUGUACAACUUUGUCCGCAGUGUUCUGUUGCCUUAUGUCGUCAAAGGCCAAAAUGUCUUCUACAAGCUUCCAGUGGAAACUGUCAAUGAGACAUUUCCCUCGGUGUCCCUGGUGAUGCUGGGCUUAGUAUAUCUUCCAGGCCUCCUGGCUUCUGUCCAGCAGCUGCGACGGGGCACUAAGUACCAGCAGUUCCCUGACUGGCUAGAUCGCUGGCUGUGUAUGCGGAAACAACUUGGGUUACUCAGCUUCUUCUCUGCAGCCCUGCAUGCUGUGUAUAGUUUGUGCCUGCCCAUGCGCAGGUCUGCACGUUAUGCGCUGCUUAAUGCUGCCUUCAAGCAGGUGAAGGAGCGGCAGGAAAAUUCCUGGGUAGAAGAGGAAGUCUGGAGGAUGGAACUGUAUGUCUCUCUUGGCAUCCUGGCACUGGGCUUGCUUUCCCUGCUGGCAGUCACCUCCCUGCCCUCUCUUGGAAACUCACUCAACUGGAGAGAGUUCAGCUUCAUCCAGUCCAAACUGGGGUGCAUAGCCCUUACAGUUGCCAUCCUGCACACCUUGAUGUUUGGCUGGGGUCGCGCCUUUGACAAAACCCAGUACAGGUUCUACCUCCCACCCACCUUUGUGCUGGUGCUUAUUCUUCCUUGUGCUGUGCUGGUGGCCCGCCUCAGCCUAGCCCUGCCCUGUGUCUCACACCGCCUGGAAAGGAUUCGUAGGGGCUGGGAGAUGGGCCCCCGAGUACACUUUCAGCAACAGGGGUGCCACUCUAGCCUAGAGGGUGUGAGCACUGUGUGACAGUUGCCUUUUCAAAUUAAUCCAGGAUGUAGAGUCACCAGCAUUUGUACAUACAAGUUUUUGGAAAUUUAAAGUUCUCCUUCUUUAUGCUCAAAAUGGAAGUGCCUUUGUCAGACACCUAUUCUGCUGUCUGUUCUGCUGCCAAGGUUAUUGUCUUUGAAACAACAACCAAAAUUAUGAAAAGCUGUUGUGAUGUAGUUAGAUGGUAUUACUUCCUUCUAAAAGCAGCACUCUACAACUUUACAUGAAUCGCCAAUCGAAUAUUAGAGAUGAAAUGUAAUUUCAUCAAUUUUGUUACAUUGAAUGUUGAUUUUCAUGCAUUAAAUGACUUGUGGUUUACUGAAUUGUAACACACCUCUGCAGUGCUUCUACUUAAAUAAAAAAACGACCUCC